GAAAGUUUUCUUCUGUCAGAUUAAGAUUGAUCUGAUCAAAGUGAAAAUAAAAUGUUUAAAUUUGAAUAAACGCAAUGGAAAAAUAGUUUUGCCCGGUUAAAUAAUGAAUGCAUUAUAGCAUUUCUUUCCACAUCACAAAGACAUUUUACUCAUAGGUGCAGUAUGGCUGGCAAUAAUGUUGAAAUUGAAUGGGUUAAAGGUCUAGGAGUCCCUCAAGAUUUUGGGGCCACCCUGUCUACAGUUCCGGAAAAUCAACCAGGACAUUUCGAUGAAAUUGAAAGGACUCAUCUGAGCAGUAGUACACUAAAGAGGAACACCAAGAUGGAACUAUCCAAAAGCGAUUUACUGAAAUUAGUUACUUGUUUCGAGGGGGAAAUUCAAGCUCGAGACAUCGUCAUUGCAGCAUUAAAGUCGGAAAGGUUGAAGCAAGUAGCAACUUUAGGCAGGUAUAGGCCUAGUGUUAUGGCUGAUCCAUAUACUGCUUUGUUGCGAGACAAUAUUUCGGAAAGCUCAAAUGCGAAACCUCCAAUAAGUGAGGCGGAUAUGCAAACAGCCGCAGAACAUCAGCUCCAAACUUUAGAACAUUUAGUGAUGCAACAAAGAUGGGCUCAUCAGCAUAUGAUUAGCAUUUUAAAAGAAGCGGAAAUUAAGCAUAAAAAGGUUAUCCAAGAAUUAGAAGAAGAAAAGUGUAAGCAUGAGCAUGAUACAGCCCAAGGAGAUGACAUUACAUACGGGCUUGAGAUGGAACGAACAAGACUGCGGCAGGAACUGGAAAUGGAAAGGAAUGCUAGAAAAAAAUUGGAAAAGGAAGUUAAAAGACAAGUUGAGCUAGCAGAUGAAGAAAGGGCUCGGCAAAAGCAAAUUGUCUUGUUGCUUUUAGCCGAGAGGAAAAAGAUUAUAGUAAAAUAUAUCGAAGAACGGAAAAGAAGUGAAGAUCUCGCCCAGAUUUUAUCUGAAGAGAAAUCACGAAUUGAUACUAUGGCUGAAGGUCUAGAAGAGGAAAGUAAAAAGUCUUUGCAAAUGGAGGCAGAAAUGGAAAAGCAGGCUCAAGAAUUCGAGGUAGAGAGAAAAAUUUUUAAAAGCCAACUGGCAGCUAAAGAUCAAAGGAUAAUCGAAAUUGAGACUGAAAUACAUAGGUUAAGAGCUGAAUAUGAUGCAAUCAGGACUAGAAUUCAGCUGUCGGACAGUGGUACAGCUAUCAUUAGUAGUGUGGCCAAAGUGGUGCAGCCUACAGCUACUGUUUCAAGUGUUCCUGUCUCAGGACCAACUACUGGAAUUGCACAGUCUGUUACUCCAGGGCAAGCACUGAGGCAAACAGCCAUUGCCGCAUCUCCCCCUGUCCCAAACAAAAUGAGUGUUGGAUUAACAGAUUCUUCCACAAUUAGAGCCGGUCCUAAACCAGCGUUUCCGCCGCAUUUACAACAGUCGACUGCUCCGCAAACGCCUCCUAAAAAAGGAGCCGCUGCAAGAGGAGUUCCUCCUCCUAUUCCUCCUAAUAAGCCAGUGAUUCCUAGCAAGGUGGCAGUGCCUAGAAGACCAGACAGCGGCGAAACCGAAAAGAAGAAGCCGAAUGUUUUGCCGAAAGAAUCUGAUCAACAAACAUCGCAACAACAAGGUACAAGAACGGGUCAAGGAAUAGAGCUGCUGGGACAAGAAUUGGCUGAUUUUCAGCAAAUGUUUGUAACUAUGGCAACUAGCAAUAAUACUUAACUUUCUUAGGGAAUAUAAAUAUAACCUGGUUUGUUGACUUUUGUGGCUGAUAACAUCAUAGCUAAAGGUUAUAUCGGCCCAUCGAAGUCCACUUAUUGUGAUAAAUACUAACUUAGAAUUAUUCGUGAAUUGCAUAUUCUGAUACCUGAGCGUAUUCAUUUUCUAUUUCUGAGUAAGGGCAACAUUCGUUGACUGCUGCUGCUUGAGCAGCCAACGAAUGUUCGGUGUGCUCUUAAAUCUCGGUACUUACAAGUUGUCUUUCAAUAUCAAUGUUUUAGGUAUUCAAUGAAAUCGAAGACUAAUUCACAUUAUAAUAUUUCCAAUUAAAAUCUAAGUUUAACAUCGCGGGCAUGUUUACUUUAGUUAAAUGCAUAUGGUGGCACAUUAUCGCUAAAUAAAAGUAACCAACAGACUGGCUCGAUUUAUUUAAAAGAUAUUUUGAAAAAUCUAUUAGAAUAGACUUUUCUAUUUUCAAUCAGAUUGGCAUUUAUUUAUUGUUCGACUAUAGAACAAAGCGGUUUAUUUAGAAAAAUUCCAAAGCAUCACAAUUUUUAAAAUCGACUAUUUGAAAUUAAAUAUCGGCAUCAUGCAACUAGUCAUUAUUCGUGAAAUGAGCAAGUAGAUUUAUCGUGACUAUUAUUCCUUAAAAUCCUGACAAUCGUAGGAAGAAAUAUGUUAUUUCUAAAUUCGAGUCGUAUUUACAUACAUACUCAACUUUGGAAUUUUGGAACCACAAAACCGAAAUCGAUUUGCAAAGCGAAGUUAAUAUGACUGAAGGGACUAGGAAAAAUUACAACACCAAAAGCUUGAAGCUAAGAGCUUAAUAUGAUUACAAAUUUUCUUUCUCCAAAAUAUUGGAAUCGUUGGGUCUCAGAUUGCAAGGAAUCGGUAUCCCAUACAUACUGGCUUGAUACUUAGUUUAUUAUAAAAGUAAUGUCUUACUUUCAAACACAGAACUUGAACCUUAGAUGAAUUAUGUUUGUACCAUAAUUUGGUUUAUAUUCUCCACUAGCAUAUUUCGUGUAUUGUAUUUUCGAUAAUUCCUGAUUAGUUGAUAGUAUUUUCUAUUUAAUGCCUUCCAUGGUUUUCGAUAGACGAAUCGAAGUGUUUCGAUCUAUUAACUGUACAAUAUGCAUUACGGCGUAUUGAAAAAAAAACUUAUUAAAUUAGACGUUUCAAAGAACAAAGCUGUAUUUGCUUGGCUUAUAUCAUUGUAAAGAAUUAUAUAUUACUUCAAAAAAUUGCUUUAUCUGACCAAAAAAAAAAACGAAUCGGUGUAAUAAGUGCACCUUUUAAGCCCGGUAAAUAUGACAAUUUUUUUGAAGCCUAGCAAAGUAGUGUAGAGAAAUUUUUGAGUAACGGAAUAAGAAAAAUUAUUAUAAAUUAUUAUAAUGAAACUCCCAAAAACGCUGUUAGUGUUUUAGGUAUGUGUUAUUUAUUUUCGAAUAAGUUUCAAAUGCUAGAUUUGUAGACUAGAAAGUUAAAUAUAUUAAUGUUAGUAAGUGACAA